GAGAAACGACUUGUCCUUUAUCCUCAUGUCCAACCAGAAUCUUUUUCAAUAUUCCCAAUUCUUAAGAAACAAAUAUAUGGAAAUGUUCCUUUAAAACUAUAGGAAAAAAUAAAAAAGAACUGGUAUAAAUCCAUCCUUAUAUACCUCUCGAUCACUGUACUCUCCUCCCUAGUUACUUGUUGAAUUCAAUUUUUAGGGCUUCUGCGGAGAAGAAGAUGAAGGCGUCUAUGAAGUUUCGGGAAGAGCAAAAGCCUCUUUUUAGGGCUAAGGUUCCUCUCAGUAUCUUAGGUUUACCUUUUCAAUCUGGCAUCGUCGCCGGUGAAUCCAAGGAGCUCAGCCUCAAUCUCUCCACUUUCUUCGAAUCUGGUCCUUCUCUCAAGGUCGCUUACCGCCCUAACGAUUCCUGGAAUCCUUUCUCUCUUAUCGUCAAAACCGGGACGGGAUCCUUCGGUUCUCCCACCUCAUCCUCCAUGCUUAUGAGCGCUGAAUUCAAUCUCCUGGGUAAAGGAAACCCUAGCUUUAUGCUUCACUUCAAACCCCAAUUCGGCGAUUUCUCCAUUAAAAAGUCUCAUUCCUCGUCUGGAUUCGAGAGGCAUCUUAUCAAAUCGAUGAAUGGAUCUGUUUCGGAAGAGGAUUCUUCGAUUGAGGUGGUCGAUACUCCUGCUGUCAACGGAUGCGGCGGGGGAUUUAGAAAAGUAACCGUUCUGCCUUCGACUUCUGCCGGAGAUAUCGCUGGAUUGCUCUCAGGCGUUGAGGUUGCCGCGAGGACGUCUCUGCCUGUGAGAGGACGCGCCGUUUUGAAUUUCCGGUGGGGCGUUAGGGUUCCCACGGAGAUCAGACACGAUUUCGAUCCCACGGCUGCGAUUUCGAUGAGGAGAUUCCCUUUUUUGGUGAUGAAUAAAAUCGGAAUCGAACACGUGGACGGCGCAGAUGCUAGAUUGACCAAGUCUACGAGCGAUCCGGGUAAAGUUUCGGGUCCGGGUCAGGUCACCAAUAGUGGUGACGUGGCGGAGGCGUGUUUAGCCGUGAAUCGGCAGAUGGAGGAGCUUCGAACGGAGAACAAACAAUUAAAGAGAGCCGUGGAAGAUCUCCGUGAAGUGAUAUCAAACGUUCGUCCAUACUCGCCGGCGACAAUAGAUUACGGAUCGCACUCAAAGUACCGCGAACCAGAGAGGAGCAACAACGGCGGGAGAGCAAGAGCUGAUCGGUGGAGCAGCGAGAGGACGACGACUUCGGAUUACGGCGGGAAGAAAAGCAAGGAAGAGGGUGACGUAGCAGAGGAGCUGAAGAAAGCCUUGAAAGGAGCAGCUUGAAGCUUCUAAUAUGGUUAUUGGUAAUCUCUCUCGAAUUGCCAACAACAUUUGUCGACUUUCAAAUCAGCUUAUUGCUUUUGUAUAUAUAUGCAUUUGAAAUUAUCUAGAGAUUUGCACAACUUGUUUUGGAUCUUCAGAGUUUUAUUAUAUGAGAUUAUGCUUUUGAACCCUC